AUGGAUUUAGAUGCACGGCUGGAUCUGAACACGCGUGUGUUGCGGCGCACAGACCCUCAUGCUGCACAAAUAUUGGGCGUAGCAUCGUUUGCUGUGCUGUACAGCUACGAAAAAGACUGGACCAAGACAGGGACCGAAGGCCCUUUGUUUUUAUACCGGCGGGAUGUGGCACCAUACUAUGUAUUACAGGUGUUUAAUCGGAAUGGGCCGGAGAACUUUGUUGUGGGCGUUACGCCGGAAGACGAUAUUGAGCUUACAAACGAGUUCAUCAUUUACCGGCCCGAAAGCGAUACGGCUGGCGCUGCGGACGAGGGCGACAUUUACGGGAUCUGGAUUUUUGAGCCGUCGCAGCUCGAGCAGUUUGGCAAGAUGAUCCUCGAUCUGCAGAAAGCGCCGUAUCCGCCGAAAGAGCCUGCGCCGGGACCGAUCGAUAUCGAUGCACUCUUUGGCGCGGCGCACGUGCCGCAGAAGCAAAACGGGCAGGCGCAUGUAUUCACAGAGUCUGAGCGCACGGGCGCUUCGAUUCUCAAUGCACUUUUCCGCGACGCUGCACCCGCUGCUUUGGCAGAAGCCAGCAGUGUGCAAGCGAAUGACUCCAGCACUCCGCCCGUGGCCGAAACAUUGACGGUGGAACAGAGAGGUGCAUCGAUCAAUUUCGACGACUUGUUUGCCGGCCAAGCGCCGCACAGCAAGGAAGAGGAUGCAGCACCGCACUCGGAUGCGGAUGCGGGCGCAGAUGCAGACGCAGACGCAGACGCACACUCGAGGCUCGCGCGCCUGCUCAAUGGUGCGCGGCUGGAAGAGCGCGUACCCAGAGAUGAGACGCUGCAGCGCGACGAAUUUGUGCAUGCCUUGGUAUCCUUGCUCUACAAGGACGCGAGUCUUGUGGACGAUUUGUAUGCCAGGUACCUGGCGCGUUAA